AUGACCUCGCUGACCCAGCGGAGCUCGGGCCUGGUGCAGCGGCGCACCGAGGCCUCACGGAACGCUGCCGACAAGGAGAGGGCGGCGGGCGGCGGCGGCGGCAGCGGCGAGGAUGAGGCGCAGAGCCGCCGCGACGAGCAGGACGACGACGACAAGGGCGACUCCAAGGAAACGCGGCUGACCCUGAUGGAGGAGGUGCUCCUGCUGGGCCUCAAGGACCGAGAGGGUUACACAUCAUUUUGGAAUGACUGUAUAUCAUCUGGAUUACGUGGCUGUAUGUUAAUUGAAUUAGCCUUGAGAGGAAGGUUACAACUAGAGGCUUGUGGAAUGAGAAGAAAAAGUCUUUUAACAAGAAAGGUGAUCUGUAAAUCGGAUGCUCCAACAGGGGAUGUUCUUCUUGAUGAAGCUCUAAAGCAUGUUAAGGAGACUCAGCCUCCAGAGACGGUCCAGAACUGGAUUGAGUUACUUAGCGGUGAGACGUGGAAUCCAUUAAAAUUGCACUAUCAGUUAAGAAAUGUACGGGAACGAUUAGCCAAAAACCUGGUAGAAAAGGGUGUACUGACGACAGAGAAACAGAACUUCCUCCUGUUUGACAUGACAACACAUCCUCUCACCAAUAACAACAUUAAGCAGCGCCUCAUCAAGAAGGUACAAGAAGCAGUUCUUGACAAAUGGGUAAAUGACCCUCACCGAAUGGACAAGCGCUUGCUGGCCCUCAUUUACCUAGCUCAUGCCUCAGAUGUUUUGGAGAACGCCUUUGCCCCUCUUCUGGACGAGCAGUAUGAUUUAGCCACCAAGAGAGUACGGCAGCUUCUUGACUUAGACCCAGAAGUGGAGUGUCUGAAGGCCAAUACCAAUGAAGUUCUAUGGGCUGUGGUAGCUGCGUUUACCAAGUAACUGUCAGAGUGGAAUGUUUCCUUUUUCUCAUGUGAACUGGUAGCUUUUCUUCUAUUGACUUCUGGUUUUCUGUAGUUUGUACUUUCCCACACUAAUAAUUGGCUUUUGUUCUACAAAAUGGUGGGUGGCUAUUUCUUUUUGUAUGUACGCAGGAUUCUGCUGGUACGAGAGGCCUUCCUCUUUCUGUUUCUAAUCAACUUUAUUGCCAUAUUGGCACUCCAUUCCCUGUUGCCAUUCUCACUGUUACCUGUUGGGGUUUCUGGUGUACUUUGACUAUCAGAGUACCUCCAGUCACCUCAUUGCACAGCUUUUGGAUUACCUCAGCUUGAGUUUUCCCACAUGUGCACAUUCACCUGGUAUCCUACCUACAAUUCAGACAAGUCACAACAAGGCCUUCAACUCACCAAAGGUAAAUAUCUGUAUCUAUUAGGACAUUUUAUACAUAGACCUCAGUUGAGAUGUAUACUUAGCAAAAUUAUUAUUUUUAAAUUGAAACAGCACAGUAAAUAGGUAAUAUAAAAUGCCCCUUGGAUUUUGUUUCCUGUGUAAAUCUAUUGUAUGAUUGCACCUGUUAUAAUUUUAGCUAUUAAAUCAUAAAGGUCCAGUUGUUUCACAAAGCCAGUUUGAGAUGGGCUGCAUUCCAUUUAUGCUGUAUAUAGUUUGAAUUAUAUGAAUCGCCCCUUCUUCUGGCCACCUCUGCCUCAUCUUAGUAUUUUGCAAAAUUUCAUUGUGCACCUGGUGCCCCUCACUUGCCUCAGUCAUUCAUUGUUAUUUGAUGGCAAAAUAGACCUCUCAUCAUUGAAGGAUAGAUGAUGUGUGAUUCAUUCAGGGCUCUUUCUAAGCUGUGCCCCUCAUGGUACUCUGCCUGUGCAUCUCUUUUGGAACUUUUUUUUUUUUUUUGACUCUUCCUGUUUUUAUGAUUUCUGUAGGCCUGUUUUUAUGAUUUCUGUAGGAAAGAGGCUUGUGACCAGUACCAAUCUUGAGUACAUUUCUUUUUUCUUUUACUUUUUCAAGUAAAUUAAUGUCUGCUCCAAAAUAUCAUUUAUCCACUUAUCCUUUCUUGAGGGGAAAAAUAAAAAAUCAGAUAUCAGUCCUAGCAGAUGUUGCAUGUAAAUUGGUAGCAAGUAAUGACUGCAACUCAGAUGAUUAAGAAUUUUGUAACAGAAAGCUCUGCUAUGUUUUAAUUUUAUAUACAAUUAUGAUAAUUAGCACAUCGUAAGACUACAAACCUCUGCUUUUUAAUGUUGAUUUUAUUCUUUAUCACUGUUUCUGUACCAUUGGUUUCAUAAUGUAAAUACUAUACAUUGAACAAAUUAAAUGUCAAAUUUUUUAUUACCAUAGUUCAUGUUAAUAGUGGGGCUUUCAGGUGUCUAGAAACUUUUGGUUAACUUUGAUGCAAAAAUACUAGAUGCAUAUUAACUUUAGAGUUGAAUUUUAAGGGACUCCCUAAUAUGUAUACUAUCUUUUUAUCUGAAGUAAUAAAUAAACUAUGAUCUUGAAAGUGCCUGAA